GCUGCAGCACCCCCCCCGCACCGCUAGUUCUCUGGUUAAAUGUUUAACCAUGUAACUGACAAAAUUGUAAUAGGUUACACAGUUACAUUUUUUAACCACUAUUUACAUCCCUAGUCUGUGGAAAGUAUUGCUCUGGCACAGGGACUUGCGCUGCCAGCUCAUGUGUUGCUGCCUUUGCCCCCAGGAGCCUGCCAUGAAGGUGCCAGUCAGCGUGAUCCGCCUGCCCCGUGGGCCGGAUGGCACAAGCCGUGGCUUUGACCCCAACUCCCCUCGGUACCAGGCUCUGAGCCCCAUCAGCAUCUCCUCUAUGGGCUGUGGGAACGAGGCAGAUCUGGAGCGGGAGCAACAGGCCCGCGUGGCUCUGCGGGAGCGGUACCUGCGCAGCCUGUUUGCCAUGGUUGGCCACACCAUCCACUUCACGAUGUACGAGAGAGUCAACGUCUCGGCCGCCUUCGACGCCUCAGACAUCGACAUCUUGAACUUCCAGGUAUCCGACCUGCAGACCCCGCUAGGUGUGCACAGGGAGGCGCUGCUCCGCUGCUCGGACAUCAUCUCCUACACCUUCGAGCUGUGACUGCCACAGGCACCCUGCCCACCUGUCCUGCUUUCUAAUAAAAACACACUCGGGUACA